UUCUCUUUAAAACAACAACAACAAUUGACCGAUAAUUUAAUUGACUCUUAAUUCUAAAUCUAAAAGGGAAUUUUUCUUUUAUUCUAUUCGAGAGAUUAAUUAAUUGUCAACAAUUCUAUUAAUUAAACUGAUAAAAUUUAGAUCAAAGCGAGAAAAUAAAUGUUUUCUUAAAAAACAUCUCGGUGAUUUGUUUACAAAACGACAAAAAUUGAUUUUCACUUUUUUUAGUGUUUUAAUUAACCGACGAUAAUUUGAUUCGCAGAAUUAAACGUAAAUCAAAUUAUUUGAUCUUCUAUCGUAAAGGGACAAUGUGCUGUUUCGGAAUCAUUCCCAUUAAUCGUUAUUAACUGUGUGGCCUUUGUAAAACAAAGCAAAACCCAAUUUGCUUUUAACUGUUGAUGUAAACGUUUAUUUGUGAUUGUACCAAUUAACCAGAGAUCCAUUGGGGAAUAAUUAAUUUUGUUUAUCAAAUGGGUACCCUUGGUAAAUUGAGUGAAGAAGCUUUAACUCGUCCACCCGAGGAAGUUUUCGAUAUAAUUUGUAAAUUAGGUGAAGGUUCAUAUGGAGCAGUUUACAAAGCUCUACACAAGGAAUCUGGACAAGUUUUAGCAAUCAAACAAGUGCCUGUUGAAAGUGAUCUUGGAGAGAUAAUUAAAGAAAUAUUUAUCAUGCAACAAUGUGAUUCACCUUAUGUGGUAAAAUACUAUGGAAGUUAUUUCAAAGGUAAAAGCCAAGGAAGUGAUCUAUGGAUUGUGAUGGAGUAUUGUGGAGGUGGAAGUGUAAGCGAUAUAAUGAGAUUGAGAAAAAAAACUCUUUCAGAGGAAGAAAUCGCCACCAUAUUGAAAGACACUCUUCUUGGUUUAGAGUAUCUUCAUGCUCGUCGUAAGAUUCAUCGAGAUAUAAAAGCAGGUAAUAUCCUUUUAAACAGCGAAGGACAUGCCAAGUUAGCCGAUUUCGGUGUAGCAGGUCAACUUACCGAUACAAUGGCUAAGCGUAACACCGUAAUUGGGACACCAUUUUGGAUGGCACCUGAGGUUAUCCAAGAGAUCGGUUAUGAUUGUUUAGCUGAUAUUUGGUCACUUGGAGUGACAGCUCUUGAAAUGGCUGAAGGUAAACCACCUUAUGGAGAUAUUCAUCCGAUGAGAGCCAUUUUCAUGAUCCCAACUAAACCGCCGCCGUCUUUUCGUGACCCUGAUCGUUGGUCAACUGAAUUUAUUGAUUUUGUUUCACGUUGUUUGGUAAAAAAUCCAGAACAUCGAGCCUCAGCAAGUAGUUUACUUCAGCACGAGUUUAUUAAUAAAGCUUUACCGGUUAGCACAUUAAUCCAUAUGAUACAAGAAGCCAAUAUGAUUCAAAAAGAGCAAUUUAAACAAGGUUGGAUCGGAGAUGAAGAUAUUAAUUCAUCAACUAUGGUUCCAAGUUUGAACAGUCAAACACUUAAAGUGACACCUUAUGAAACAGCUAAUGACACAAGUCAAGGUGUUAACGCUAAAUCAGCGACAGUUAAAACGAUGGCAACAGUUUCCGAUGUUGAAUCAAAUCUUGGAACAUUAAUUAUCAAUGAUAAAGCGGACGACGAUUAUAACGAUCGGACAUUAAAACCCUCUUUUAUGCAACACUUUGAAAGAAAUCGAGAACAGCAACAAUUACAAUUACAAUUGCAACAACUUCAACCAUCGCCCCAACCACAAGCUCAACUUCCGCUUCAUUUACCUCCUCAAUCACCAUCUCAAAUUAAUCAUCAAAUUCAACUUCAAUCUCCACCACUACUACAGCCACAAUUACAACAACAUCAACAACCUUCCCAAUAUCAACCAUUAUCUCGAUCAAUUUUAUUAGAAAGUGAUUUUGAUUUUAUUAGAUUUUUGUCCAACGAAGAGCUUCCUAAACGAAUAACUAAUCUUGACUUCGAAAUGGAAAAUGAAAUUGAAAAACUUAGACAUCGAUACGCAGCUAAAAGACAAAGGAUCCUCGAUGCUAUUGAAACGAAAAGAAAAUGUCAAAAUCAACAACAAAAUUUCUGAUAAAAGCUCAAAUUAAUCCUCAGAAUUUUCUCCAAAUAAUCAAUCUGAGAAUAUUUGAGAGACAAUUAAAUCAAACAUCGAUUCGUCCAUCAAUUAAUUUACACUUUUAAUUAUCCAAUAGACACUAUUGCCUUGAACAAAUUGUUUCAACUUUUAUAUUAAUCAUAUUAAUUAACGAAAAGAGCAAAUGUAUCUUAAUAAACUGAUCUUUAAUUAUUCUAUAA